AUGAGGACUGGGCUCCUCUAUAUAAAGCGCAGUCAGGUGGAGGAGAGGAUCAGGAACUUCAGGCUACAGCGGGUCUCCAGAAGCUCCAGUAUGCUGCAGAGCGGGUCCGCGGUUCUGGUUCUGGUGCUGGUCUCGGCGCUCGGGCCGGUGGAGGGCUGGUAUAAGCAGGCGGCGGGUCCGAGCUAUUACUCGGUGGGCAGAGCGUCCGGGCUGCUGUCCGGGAUCCGGCGCUCCCCUUACCGGAGAGCGGAACCGGCGGAACCGGACCCGCGGGAGACCACCGGACCGGCCUCUGACUACGACCUGCUCUCUGACCCGCACCCGAACUCUGUCCUGCAGAACCUGAACGUGUGUGUGAAAAGCAUGAGCCCCGACCUGAAGAGCUGUCGACUGGUCCAGGACCCCCGGGCCACGUUCCGCUGCGAGGCGACCGUACUGAUCUCACUGGACUCCAGAGACUGUCUGAACCUCUGAACAUCAGCAGCAGAAGAUUCACCCAGAGAUAAUGAUGAUCCUACCUCUCUCAGCAUGGAAACACAGCCCUCACAGACUGUCCUUUUAUUGAUUAUUGAUUUUUUUGAUCUCGGUUUUGAUGUUAAACACUGGAAGACUCUGCUAGUACAAUAGUUUGGACACACCUUCUCUUUUUUAGUGCGUUUUCUUUAUUUUUUAUUUUCAUGA